AUGGAGGUCACUAAUGUUGAUCAACUCGAAGAGCAGCAAUGGGUUAUCGACUCCAUUUUCGAAGCCAAUAAAACCCCCCCACCACAAUCAACUGCAAAAAUCCAUACAAUAUCAGAAAUGAUAAGAGAGAGCACAGACGAGUACCAGAAGUUCUCUCUUCCGAAGGUUGUCUCCAUUGGUCCAUACCAUUUUGGAGAACCAAAACUCGAGUUUGUCGAGAAACUCAAGCCUGUUUUUACAUUGAAGCUCCUUGCAGGCAACAACAUGCUUGAGAAGCUAAAUAGUUUGUACGAAAAGCUUGGUGCACCAGAAAUGGUGCAAGAAUUAAGAAAAGAUUGUGGAGAGUUAAACAGCCACCAGAUUGUCUAUCUUCAUCAAGAUUUAUUCUUGUUGGAGAACCAAAUUCCUUUUGAUGUUCUAACAGAGGUGAUGAAGUUGGCGGAAAUCAAUUGUGUUGAUAAGUUUAAGCAGUUCAUCUGCGGCAAUAUUUUGGCAGGGAAGCCAAAAAAAAGGUGGUUAAAAUCAAUACUGCAUAUCGGAAACAAUCAAAGUUCGAAAGAUGAACAGUAUUUGGAGUUAAAGGACGCGGAUCAUCUUCUCCAUCUUCUUCAUCGUACUCUUACUGAAAAUGCCGAUAUUCCAAGGAAGGAUGGGAUUUUACAGUGUACUUUUCGCAAUGUUAACGAGCUUAUGGAUGUAGGGAUUCAUUUCAAGCCAAGUGAAACUAUGUCUUUGGCUCACAUUAAGUACCUUCAAGGCUGGUUGUGGUUUACAGCGGAUGUUGAACUCCCUCCAAUAACCGUGGAUGAUUCCACCAAGCCUUUGUUGUUAAACUUGAUAGCCUAUGAAACGUGCACACGUGAUGCAUCUAAGGCAUGGGUUACAUCAUACAUAUGUCUUCUUGAUUCUCUGAUUGAUCACCCUGAGGAUGUAAAGGCUCUUCGAAAAGCUGGGGUGCUUGAAAACUCAUUAGGGAGCGAUAAUGAAGUUGUCAAAUUGUUCAAUGAAAUUGGCACUGAUUUAGUUCCAAAUAGUUUAGCAUAUUUGGAUGCUAAGAGCAAGAUACAAAAGCAUUAUAAAAGCUGGAGUAAUACACUUAUUUCUUAA